UACCGACGCUAUUUCAAAACGUACUGGAACAUACCGGGAAGUUAAACCCUGUCGACUUCGAGACAAAUGUGUCGUUAGCGAUCUAAUUCGCCUGUAAGAAAGAUCCAAUGUGUUGUACACAGCGAUACCAAUUUAAUAAUUCUGCGGACUCCCUUUGCCUUGGGGAAGUACAGCAGCGAAAUAACGGUAGCCACUAACAAACCAAUGACAUCAAAAAGGCGCUAAAUCUGGUUUUUUCCGAUCACCAGUAUUGGUCACUGCAAAGAGUGUUUUAUAAGCAGUUAUGGAAAUUGUCGCUGUAUUCUUAAAAGAUUGACAGCGGCGCUGAAAAGAGAUGGCGGACAGAUCAUUGUGUGGCCAUGGAGGUUCGGCCAGGGAGCAGAAAUGCCAGCUGUUGAAACUAACAAUACUGGCAAUCAUCCCGGGCCUCAUUCUCAUCGUCAGGGACGCAGUCAAUGUCGCCGCUAAUGUAAAGACGCUGCAAGACAACCGGGAAGUGCAGUCCAGUAUCUUGUUUAGUGUGGAAAUCAGCGCGGUGAUCCACGCCAUGCAGAUUGAGCGGGGAACCACUGCCCUCUACGUGUCCUCUAAGGGGGACCCCUUCGUGAGACCAAGGCUACUCCAACUCUAUAUUGAUACUGACAACGCCAUUACCGUUUUGUCCAGGUGGAUACCUAUUAAAAGGAACAAUUUUGAUACCAAAGAAAACUUUCUCCAACAUAUUAUAGAGUUUCGGGAAAAACUCAGUCCGAAGAACGCAACAUUGAGAGAAGUUAUAGGAUUCUAUACGGACGAUAAUGCCGCGUUUAUAAGAAUGAUUGGUAAAAGUUUGAAUCUCGAAAAGCCAUUCGAGUUUUGGACUGAUAUUGUAUCAUAUCAGAUGCUGAUAUUUAGCAAGGAACAAGCGGGCAUUGAACGAGCACUGGGGAGUACCUACUUUGCAAGAGGUUUUUUACCAGACGAAGAUUUACUUUGGUACAGCGAGAAGAAUGUACUUGGGCACAACUUUCUGCAGCAAAGUCUCCAAUACUCGGACUUCACAGACAGACUCGUGAAUCAGAUGUUUAAAGGAUCAUUACUGGAAGAAGACCUGUCUAUCAUGCGCAGGACCAUUUUGAACAACACCGUUCAAAUGCCAUCGGUGGUUUUUGGAACAAUUUGGUUUGAUAACAUGACCGAGUAUAUAAACAUCCUCAAGACAAUCCAGGAUAGGCUCGCCAACACAAUCGUUCAGUCUGCGAGUGACGAGAACCGUUCCCUUGAAGAGUCCCUUGUGCUAAGCGCCAUCGAGUUCACUGUGGCUGUAAUCAUGGUCCCUAUAAUUAUUAUGCUUGUCAGAAAAAUCAUCAGCCGAAUACACGGGUUUUCCCAAGAACUCAAGGAAAAGACAUUUGAGCUAAACGAGGAGCGAAAGCGAACUGAGGAACUUCUUUACCAGCUCCUUCCUCGUACAAUUGCAAAGCGGUUAAUGGAAGAUGGUUCUACUAUACCGGAAGCCUAUCAUUCGGCAACCAUAAUGUUUUCUGAUGUGGUCGGGUUUACAUCAAUAUCAAGUUGCAUUACCCCGAUGCAAGUGAUCGCCAUGCUGAAUAAACUGUAUAUGACCAUUGACGCCAGGCUGGAGAACUUUGAUGUCUACAAGGUGGAAACUAUAGGAGACGGCUACAUGGUGGCAUCUGGUAUACCCGGCAGGAAUGGAGAGCGGCACGUGGAGGAGAUAGCAAAACUCUCCUUGGAUUUGCUUAUCACCACCGAACAAAUAGAAGUCCCGCAUUUGGAAAACGAGAAAAUUCGACUGAGAGUUGGCUUUAACACGGGUCCAUGUGUGGCAGGCGUGGUUGGGAUAAAGAUGCCUCGAUACUGUAUCUUCGGUGACACUGUAAAUACUGCAUCGAGGAUGGAGUCCACGGGGUUACCAUCGAAAGUGCAGAUGUCCGAAUCAUCGGCCAAUAAAUUGAAAAAAGUGAACGGGUUCCGUAUAUCAGAGAGAGGCAUCGUGGAAGUAAAGGGCAAGGGUGUGAUGCGAACAUAUUGGUUGGAUGGAUGUGCUAACUCAUCACCGCAAAGGUCACAUUAUGAUACAAUUAGCUCAAACGUUUCGAAUACAAGCGACGUUCAUACAAGCAACAACGACGUCACUAUGAUAAUUGUCCAAGAAAAGCCGAUCUACAGUAUAAUGUGAUAACUGUAUGGAGUUCUGGUUCUGGAAACACACAUCGAUACAUUGCAUAUCGUAAUCCUCAUAACUUGUUGACGAUAAACGGCCAAUAAAAGGUGUAUAUUCUGAUACCAACGGUCAAGCAAAUGGCAAACAUGGAAGUGACCGUAGCGUCGUGUAAGAUAGGUUCAUCCCGACCCUUGCGCAGGGUGUUUUGCGGAA